UUAAAGCCCCAGGAACAGCUGCAAUCAUCUAGGCGUGGUUCAGUUCCUUGAUUUAUUGUUGUUCAGCUCCUUCACUGACAGGCUAUAGAGGAAGAUUUCUGUGUUGAGACCCUCUCAAAUGGCUGAAUUAGAUACAUUAGCUCCAGUAGUCCAGUCCACUCCUCAGAUACCAGCAGAGCUCAAUCUUGAUACUGGGGCAGAAAACCACGAAGAAGAAGGGGAAAAUGGGAACCUAUGCAGUUCUGGAAAUGAGCCUAGAGGAAGGCUAGAGGAGACAGGGACUGGUUCUAAAAAGGAAAACGGGAUUCCAGAGCAGGGGACUCUUAGUAGUGGGGAGAAUGAAAUCACAUGUGACUUCUGCCUUGAGGGGAAAGUGAGGGCAGUGAAGUCCUGCUUGACCUGUAUGGUGAAUUAUUGUGAAGAUCAUGUUCGGCCCCAUCUAGAGAACAGCAAGCUCUACAGUCACCAGCUGACCGAGCCAAUAAGGGAUACAGACCCACACAACUGCUCAGCCCACCAGGGUCAACUUGUUUGGUUCUGCUGCCUGGAGCAGCAGUGCAUCUGUGAAGAAUGUGCCCAGGAAGACCACAGGGACCACCCUACCCUCUCCCUAGAGGCAGUUAGGAGGGAAAAGCAGGCUGAACUUCAGCAGGCCCAGCUGGACUUGGAUAUGAAAAUCAAAGCAACUGAAAAUGCCAUUGCCAGUCUACAAGCUAACAACAAAUCCAUUUUGGUAUUAGUCUCUGAGGUAAAAGCUGUGGCAGAAAAGCAAUUUGGGGAGCUCCAUGCAGCAGUCAGGAAGGCCCAAGAAGAUGUAUUUCUAUUUCUGGAAGAGAAAGAACAGGUUGCCCUGAGUCAGGCCAGUGGCAUCAAGAAACAUCUGGAAAAUAAGUAUGCAGAAUUAGAAAACAACAGGCAUGUGCUGGAAAGGAUGACCAACAUCACCAGUGAUAUCCUUUUCUUGCAGGAAUGUUGUAAAUUUAAGAAGAAUAUUGAGGAUAGUCUUUUCCCCAGUGUUCACAUUGGAUUAAAGAGAAAACUUUCUGGCAUACAAAAGGUGAUCAUGGACUGCACAGGACUUUUAAUCCAACUUCUGCAGAACUAUAAGGGAAAGCUAGAAGAGUUUGCCAAGGAAGAGGAGUAUGAGAUCAGUACACAAAUGUCUGCAGAUGUGCCUCACAAAUACUGGACUUCAAUACCUGAACCUAGCAGCAGAGUUGAUUUUCUCAAAUAUGCCUACCCCAUCACUUUUGAUCCUGACACAGCUCAUAGAUAUCUCCGCCUCCAGGAAGACAAUCACAAGGUCACAAAUACAUCUCCCUGGGAACACCCAUACCCAGACCAUCCUAGCAGAUUUGAACACUGGCGACAGGUGCUAUCCAAGCAAAGUCUGUACUUAAACCGAUAUUAUUUUGAGCUAGAGUUAAAGGGAGAAGGUGUUUAUGUUGGUGUGACUAAUAAGAGCAUAGACCGGAAGGGCUCAGAGAGCAAUAGUUGUAUCUCAGGGAAUAGCUUUUCUUGGAGUAUCUUCUGGAAUGGGAAGGAGUUUAGUGCCUGGCACAAUGGCUCCGAGACUCCAUUGGGAGUUGGUCAGUUCCAGAGGCUUGGCAUCUACCUGAACUAUGUAGGGAGCACUCUCUCUUUCUAUGGUAUUGAGUUUGAUAACAUGGUUCUGAUUCACAGGUUUAACUGUGACUUUUCUGAGCCAGUCUACCUUGCAUAUUGGCUUUCAAAGAAAGAUAGUUCAAUCCAGAUUAUGGAAUUGAGUGAAAAAGCAGAGAUCCUACUUUCUUUUCCAGUAGUUUCUCCUGCUUCCUUAGCAGAAACUACUUCAUAGAAUAUAAGGGUCUAAGUCAAACUCCUCUACCAAUACAGACUAGAGACAAUGAUUUGCACUUCAAAGGUGAUUGUGGGACAAAUGUUGGAGUUGUCCAGCAUUAGAAAUCAUAGAAGUUAGAGAAAAAAGGAAUAAUUUGGCCUGUUCUACCCUGUUCCAUGCUGUGUUGUUCUAUAGAGCACAUUCCCAGACACUUUUCUUAACUUCCCCUUCUGGCUUUCUAAAAUAGUAUUUCCUAAGCGCUCAGUCAUAUUGUACUAGUUGCUCUGAAUGGUUACUAAAAUAUAUAUCAGACCUCCAGGAGUCAACACUUGCUAAAAAUGCACAUGUUAAUCAUUGAAAAUAGUUCAUAUAAUACAGGUAAUAUACCUAAUAUUAUUCCAGACUCUGAAAGAGACCAUAAAGGUUUCACAUUAUACAAAAAUUCUCCCUAUAGCAUCUAUGACAGGGAAUCUGCUAUCUCACAAGGUAGCCCAUUUGGUUAAUGAACAGCUUUGAUUGCUAGAAAGUUCUUCCUUCUGUUGAGCCAAAAUUCUACCUCCCUGUUAACAGAAGUGGAUUUCUUCCACAAGACAACCCUUGAGACACUCCAGCAAAACUGAAAAAUCAAAAAUGCUGGGAAGCUCCUUCUUUUAUCCAGGACUGCACAAGUGGACAAUCAGGAGACUGUGGGUAUAUUGAUAAGGUGGCUCUGCAGUGGGAUCUGAAGCCGCUGUGAUCAUUGGUGAAUCCUCUGUUGAAGUCAAUGAGAUCUGGGAUCCUGUCCUGUCCAAAUCACAGCAGGAGCCAAAGCCAAAACUUCCGGUAGUUGGCUAGACAAGGAUAUGGAAAUGGGACAGAGGCACCCAGGCAAUGAAAGCCAUGGGGUCCUCCAGGUAUCCUGAAGCAGCAGGAUUUCUGAUAUAUAGACCCAAACCAGGGAACAAAACUAAUCCCUGAUGGGUAACAGUGGAGAGUGGAAGUAGAGAAAGGGUUAAGGGCAGUGUACUCAUGGAACCUCUAGGAAAGGAUAGGGAUAGGGAUUGAGGCAGAAGGCAGCCUUGUCAGAUCCCAAGCAAGCUUUCUUCCCCAGGCCAGAAAAAAGUAGCAGGUUAUCAGACUCAGCUGCUUUCUUAAGAAUGAUAGAGGGACAGUGGCACCAACUGCACCGGAAUUAGGAUCAGGACCUAUACCUCUUAUCCAAGAGUGUAGGAUGCGGCAGAGCCUGGCACUGGCACAAAGUCUUAAUUGAGGAACUGAGACUUUAUCAGCUUUGUUUCAUCUACUAAUUUUUUUGUUUGUGCUAUGUAUUUAUUCUGUCUCUAAU